AUGUCUUCAAGUGUUAAUGUAACAGAAAGUCAUAAUAAAGUUAAUAAUAAUAAUAAUAACUGUGCUUCAAGUGAUGUGACUACCGGUGCAAUUGUAGACGACUCUAAUCAGAGUACGUCCUCAUCAACAGCAUUGGAUCAGACGCACAGUCCAUGUUUCGGUUCCAACGGCUCUGAUCCGGUCAGUCGUGAAGCAGUUUCACCUGAAUCUGAGGACGGGUCGGGAAAUGUAUUUAAUUUCAACCGAAAUUUAAAACAAACACAAAAGAGUGUCUGCUUUCACAGUGUAACCGCACAGUCGGGAGAAAAAAAGGUGUCAAACGCUCUGGACUGUUUGCAGCACAUGAUGAAUGGCAGUACACUUAUUAAAGUUAAGGCCAGUUCACGACAAUACCGACGAUUUUUCACUUUAGAGGAGGACUUAAGUGCUGUACGAUGGCUGCCGUCAUCCAAGAAGUCGUCAAAAGCUAAACUAUCGAUCCGAAACAUCCGUGAAGUGAGACCCGGAAAAAAUACUGAAGUCAUGAAAAACAAAGAGAUCGGCGGAACAUACUCUGAGGACUGUAUCUUCUCUGUCAUCCAUUCAGACGACUUCGAGUCACUUGAUUUGAUUGCGUUGUCACCCGAAGAGGCAAACAUAUGGGUUACGGGACUUAACUUUCUUAUAGGUCUUAAUAAAUCGCCGGAAUCAUUAGAGAGCCGACAGAAGAUGCGGGAGAAAUGGUUGCAUCAGAUGUUUGAUGCGGCAGACAGUGACCAGAAGGGAAUGUUAGACGAAUGGGAGACCAUUGCGCUGAUGAAGAAACUUAACGAUAAGCUAUGUAUAAGAAGUUUGAAACAAAAGAUUAUGGAAUUUGAGUUCGGAAAGGAUGAAGAAGAAAGAGGAAGAAUCAGUAAAAAAGUAUUCAUCACUUUAUUCACUGAAACCGCAACCAGACCUGACAUUUACUUCAUUCUUGUUCGAUAUUGUGGAAGAGAUUACAUGAGUGUAGAAGACUUACAACUCUUUCUAGAAGGAGAACAGGGAGUCUGUGGUCUGACAAUUGACGAGUGUUUAGAUCUGAUUGAAAAGUACGAGCCAUCAGAAGAGGCGCGACAUAACAAACAAUUACUUAUCGAUGGUUUCACUCAAUUCUUGCUCUCCGAAGAAUGUGAUAUAAUGUCAGUUCAUCACAAAGAGAUCUGUCACGACAUGUCUCAGCCAUUAUCUCAUUAUUUUAUUUCAACGUCUCAUAACACAUAUCUAUUAGAGGAUCAGCUGAAGGGUCCGUCAAGUUGUGAAGGAUAUGCCAAAGCUUUACUGCAAGGUUGUCGUUGUGUGAAAGUGGACUGUUAUGAUGGCACCGACGGUCCAGUUGUAUAUCAUGGAAAUACAUUGACUUCUAAAGUAGGUCUGGAGGACGUCCUCGAGACCAUUCACGCCAAUGCUUUUGUCAUCUCUGAUUAUCCAUUGAUAAUACAUUUGGAGAAUCACUGUUCACUAGAAGUCCAGAAGCAAAUGGUAUCCAUGUUUUGCAAUAUAUUUGGUUCGUCUCUCUAUAUUCCCAGAGCUGAAGAACCCUUACUUGUAGCUCAAGUAUCACCGGAACAACUUCGGGGGAAAAUAUUAAUAAAGGGAAAGAAGUUGCCGUCCAGUUGUCAGUCAAAUGAUGGCAAUGUCAGCGAUGAAGACGACGAAUCUCGCGGUCGGGAAAUACAUAACAAACGGAUUGCUGUCUGUAAAGAGCUCUCAGAUUUGAUAUCAUUGUCACGAAUUAAAUUGUAUGACUUCUCACAACUACAACCCUCUCAAACCGAUGUAAACCAAUUGAGUGAAGCCCUGGCAUCCAAACUAGCGCUUACCUGUGCCGAUGAUUUAGCUCAUUAUAAUAAGACAUUCAUGACUCAAGUCAUACCUGAUAUUAGUCGCGUUGACUCCAGUAAUGUUAAUCCAUUAGAUUUUUGGAAUUGUGGCAUACAAUUGGUUGCAAUGAAUUAUCAGACUGGAAGUCAAAUGAUGGACAUAUAUCGGGGUUGGUUUACUCAAAACGGUUCAUCUGGUUAUGUGUUAAAACCAGCAUUUCUUAGGGAAAGAUUUUGCUUAUUUAACUCUCGACGAAAAGAUUCACUUCCGGGUAUCGAUCCGUUAUGUAUUCGCUUAAAGAUCAUAAGUGGUCAGCAGUUACCCCGUCCUCGCGGUGCUUCCAGUAAAGCCACUUCAAUUGAUCCAUACGUAUUGGUACAACUGUUUGGUGUACCGGCUGACUGUGCUGAGGCCCGAACCCGAACUGUUUCAAACGAUAACCCGAUUUUUGAUGAAAGCUUUGAAUUUAACGUAACUGUUCCUGAAUUAGCACUUCUCAGAUUUGUCGUCUUAGACGACGAUUACAUCAAUGAUGACUUCAUUGGCCAAAACGUGGUUCCCGUUGAAUGCAUUCAAAGCGGUUAUAAACAUAUGAGACUCUAUCAGAUGAACGGCGAGUGUCUGCCAAUCGCCACUAUCUUUGUUCAAAUCUCAUUAACCCAUCGCUACGGAUCUAAACAAAAGUUACGCCGAAAAAGAAGUUGGUCUCAGAAACAGUCAACUGAUUUGAGAUCUAUUGGUGUCAAAGCCAUUGACGAGCAAUUCAAGAGCGCUUCCCUAUUGAUUAAUGAGUCCAUUCAAUUGAGAAGAAGUGUCGAAAAGGCUAUCAUUGAUUUGUGUGAUGAAUGCUCUCUACAAGAGUCAGCUAAUAUGGCUCAAUGUCUUAGAGUCGCCACAUUAAGACUUGCAUCGACAGCAACUGUCAACUCAUGUCAAGUGGUGACCACAGAUCAGGGCUAUCCAUUAUUGAGUGCUUCGGGAGAAUUGACACCAAAAUUAAUGAAGACAAUGAAUACCAUAGAGAAAGCCGUUUCUGAGUUUUAUUAUGUGACACAAAACGCCAACACAACCAUCGAAAUGUUGUCUGAGAUUCACGAGACGAUUGUCACUCUCGGGGAUCAAUUGCCAACUUUAUGCACGUCUAACAACAUUAAAGGCAGAAAAGCCGACAAAAUAGCCGAAAAUUUUAUGUGGAAUAUGAGUGUCUUGAAGACAGAAAUGGAUUUAUUGAAAGCCAUUAAAAACGACUGCGAAUGUGCCAUAAGACAGGUCGAAAGAUUAGGUCCAUCAUUAAAAAGUGUUUACGAAAGGGAGAGAGAAAGCAUUAGCUCGAGUUUAGCAAAAGAUGCAUUACAUGUGCCAGUGCUGACCGGGGCUACACUGACACCACUACCCGAACCAAAACUACCCCCUCCUUCACCACUAUCUCCCGGUGAGGGAAGACUUAGGAGUAUUCUGAAGAAGACAUCACAAUCUUCCAGUCCUUCAGCAGUGGAUCAAAAUGAGAUACAUUUUCACGAAAAUCUUUUUAUAAGUAAUGACGAAUCAAACGCUUUAAAUUCUCCAAAACUUAAUAAUAAUAAUAAUAUCUAA